GGGCUGAAAGAGUGUGUUUGUACAUGUGCAGGAAGGGGAGAAUGAGGCAGAGUGUGUGUGUGCGUGACCACACAAAACCAGACGUUCAUAACUGAGCAGAAGAGGAAGAGAGACUAAAAGCUGCUGACAAACACAUUAUAAUGAUACUUUGUGUUGUGGAUUUAAAGACGUUUGGAUUAUCAAGUCACUGGAUUGUAAAGCACAGGACGGAUCCUGGAGAUCAUGGAAAAUGUCUCAGCACUGACUAACCAUUCACAACUCAGCAACUCCUCCAUGACCUCUGAUUCGUUGAAGACACCUCCAGAGUUCAGUGAUGUAGAACUUGUGCUGCUCGGCGUUGCAAUGGCUAUCCUGGUUCUGGCCAUAGUUUUUGGUAAUGUGCUGGUGAUUACAGCCAUCCUGCGGUUCCAGCAGCUCCAGACUGUCACCAAUCUCUUCAUAGCCUCACUGGCUGUUGCGGACCUCAUCAUGGGUUUGGUUGUGGUCCCCUUUGGCUGCAGCCCCAUUCUGCUGGGAGUCUGGCAGUUUGGAAACUUCAUGUGUGAAUUCUGGACAGCAACUGACGUGCUGUGUGUGACAGCCAGCAUUGACACCUUGUGUGUGAUUGCUCUUGACCGCUACCUUGCCAUCACCUCCCCGCUCCGCUACCCAACGCUACUGACCAGGGGUCGGGCCUUUGCUGUGGUCCUAGGGGUUUGGGUGGUGGCCUCCCUCAUUUCCUUCCUGCCUAUACAUCUGAAGCUGUGGGUGUCGAAAGAUAAGGAAGCUAUCCGGUGCUUGAAUGAUGAGUACUGCUGUGACUUCAACACCAAUGCAGCGUACGCGGUGUCCUCCUCAAUUGUGUCCUUCUACCUGCCGCUGGUGGUGAUGAUUUUCCUGUACGCCCGGGUCUUCCAGGAGGCCCAGAAACAGCUGGAGAAGAUCCGAGGGAGAGAGAGGCGCUUCUGUAACUUGCAUAACACUGCACAGCUGACUUAUCCGGAUGAUAGUCCAGCAAUGAAUAAACUCAGGGCAGGAAGAGAGGUGGGAGAACAAGCAGAAGAGGACAGACUAAACAUGCAAAAAAUAGGAGAUAUAGACACUGGCAACGAGGAAAAGUUAGGAGAGAGCAGAGCAAGGACAGAAAAAGGGGAAGGGAAACACUCUGCCACAAAGCGUCUUAAAUUCUGUCUGAAGGAGCACAAGGCUGUGAAAACUCUGGGGAUCAUCAUGGGAACCUUCACUAUGUGUUGGUUACCAUUCUUCAUCCUCAACAUCCUCACGAACUUUUUCAACUGUGGUGAAAGUAAGCUGCUCUUCAGACUCCUCAACUGGCUGGGAUACUCCAACUCAGCCUUCAACCCGCUCAUCUACUGCCGCAGCCCUGACUUUAGGCACGCCUUUCAGGAGAUUCUCUGUUUGAGGGGCAAAGGGGGAAGCUGGAGAGGGAGGAGAGGAUGGGGAUGGUGCAGGGAGAGAGAUUGCUACUCCAAGUCCCCAGGUAGGACGAACAGAAAGUCAGACAUGAAUGGUGUCAAGGGGCUGGACGUUCAGCAGAGGUCAGGGUGGAAGGGCAGUUUGAAGAGCUCUAUUCAAGCGAGCUCACAAACUCUAGCUCUUCAGAUAUCUUGCCAUGAGCAGGUUUUAGAAGUUGCUCCUGGUUCCCUGUCAAACUGGCAGGCCAACAGUUCUGCAAAUGGGAGCUGCAAGGAAAACCUGGCUUCUAUUGCUUGACCAAUUAAGAUAUUAGACUUUACAUUUUGUGUGCAUGACCGUGCUGUGAAUAUCAAUUUUGAUGAAGCUCAGAAUGUUUGUUUUGGGUUGAGACUUAAGCUUGUAGUUCUGUUAGUUAAUAUUCAUUUUAUUUCAGUAACUGAUGUUUCACUUGUGAACAGAGGUCUGACUUAAACCUUUAAAGGUCCAGAGUGUUGGAUUUAGGCAGAUAUAUUGGCAGACAUAAUGUAUAAUAUCCCAACAUAUCCUCAUUAAAUGGUUUGUAUGAUACCCUGUGAAAAUGCACACACGUUUGUAUGAUGUCAUACGUACUAGAGCCCCAUGAAUGACAUUACGUCCCUAAUGUACAGUUAUGUAAUUAACUUAAAGCUAUUGAGGUUAGGUGUAGGCAAGUAAAGGUACUGUUGUUAGGUUUAGGAAAAGAAACAUGGAAAGGAUGUACUUUAAAAUGUCUCAAUAAUUCAAACUUCACCUGAUUCCAAACACGCCACUCCAGUGAAAAUUCUCCUUUUUUUUGUCUGCUGCCUUGUUUACUCCUGUCAGCGCAUUGGUCAUGUGAUCACAGCUUUUCAUAAUUUGUGGGAUAUGUAAAAAUGUGGUUACAUUACUUUUCAUAGCAAAACAUAAAAGCAGUUUAUGAGAACAGUUUGAACAGUGAAAACUACGUUUUCAUUAGUGUAUAAUCACCUUAAACUAUGAACUGUUGUGUUUCUAUUACCUUAGUAUAGGCUGCUUAUAUCUACAUAUGGAGUGACUGCUCUUCCACAGAGUCCGCUGUGUUCUUUCUAAAGCAGCCCAGAUCACACAAACUGAACAGGGGCUGUGUCAGAAUGUGACAUUUUUUUAGUAUGUCUAAAACCUUAGUAUGCAUCUAUUAGUAUGUGAAUUUGCCUACUAUAGUCCUGCAAACACUGAAGAAUACGCUAACAUAAAUGUCCCACACUGCAAUGUGGUAUAGGACAAUAUUCAUAACUGACGCUUCACUUUAGUGUGAGUAUGUAAGAAAUGUAAGACUUUACUUUUUAAAUCAUUAGUUGGCACAGGUUCCAACCGGCAAGAAGGAUCUCAAAAAGUAUGUUGAACAAUAGUAGGCAUAUCGAAUGUGUAAUUCAAUAAUAAUAAUAGUUCGCCUUCACACUUGGCAAUUGGGAGAAGUUUUAGUUUUGCAUCCUCACCGCGAUAUGCCACUUAAGUCUACACACUGGACCUUUAAGUGAAUUUUCAAGACAUUGUAAGAUUACAAUGUAUUACAGCGGGCACAAUAACGCUGAAUUACUGGUGCAACACUCACAACUGCCCAAUGCAUAAAUGAAAAAAUGUGCAGCCUCAAAACUAAUGAUAAUCAGACCAGGAAAACUGCAUAUGCAGAUUGUUUUCAAAUAUUAUGAGCUUCACCAAGCUGGUACCUACAGCAGGGCUAUUGGGAAGAUGUUUCUGUUAUUUUAUCCACACUCCUGUUUAUGCUAGAUGGAUAACAGAAAGGUGAUGGACUGCAUAUGAAUUACUUGCUACUGAAAACAGGUAAAAUAGGAGUGAAAUAUUGACGGACAGUUCUGCUGUUACAUGUGGAAAGGUUUUAAUGACGCUCAGUGAUGAAGUUCCAAAGUGCACCUUUACUGAAGCAGUCAUAUAGGAAAAUCAAAGACUUUCUGUUGCUUUGAAAUGUAGAAAAAUGAGCCACUAGCAAGAAAGUUGAUGGUUCAGAUUUAUUAUUAUUCAUAUUGUCAGGUUUGGAAGAGAUUAUUGGAAUUCCUAAUGAUAAACCUUACGAGAAAUCAGACGAAACAACCUUUUGUUUUCUGUUCGUAACUGGUUGAUUAUUUCGUUAUCUCAAGCUUAUUUACUUUAGUUGGCAAAAUAAUUAACUUGUGAUCUUGAGAUAAUGAUGUUAAAAAGCAAAUGUGAGCAAGGCCAUUCUCGGCUUCCAUAGAAAUCUUUUAUGUGAACUGACCAAAAUCCUACUCAAACAUCAGAAACAAAUGUUGGCAGUCAAUGUUUCUGCAAACACUUAAUGCACUACAUUAACACAUUAUCAUAGGAGAUAUGUUUGAAGUUUGCAUUUCAAUAAUGCUAUGGUUAUUGUGUGGUUAGGGGGCACAAUCCCAGCAGGAAAAGCAACUAUGUCUCAGUAAAAAAAUGGCGGCUUUUUGUGAUACUAUACCCUGCCACCAAUUCGCUACAAAACAUCCACGUUUGGAACCUAAAAACCAGUUGAAACACACAGACGGGUCGCUACAAAACACUUGCGACUGGAGUCUAAAAACAGAGUAAUGGACUGUAAAAUACAACUGGCUUUAUUGUUUGUCUCAAACAAUAAUCUGCAGUAGCCUAGUCUACAGUUUGAAAAAUGCGUAUGUAAUGUUUUUGUGGUUUGCAGAAACUUAUAAUGCCAACAUUUCCUGGUGCUUAAAAAUGUUAUAUAUUGGGCAGAUAAUUGUUUUUUAUUGUAAGAUCCCAUAAUUCAUAAUCGGAAUAUGAAAUAAAGGUUUUAUGGGCCUUUAAGUGAAUUUUAAAAACCAUUUAGACAUAAUCUUGUGAACCUUCUUAAGUCCAAAACACACAGAAACAAUAUGAUACACAUCAUAAUGAUCAUUAUCAUCUUCUACAUAAACCCACAAGGCAGGGAGCACAGGCAGGCAUUGAGCAACCUCCGUGAAGCAGCGAUUCAAAAAUAUGUUUUGUUUGCCCUCUGGCUAAAAGUCUUAUUUGAAACAGAGGGACUCAUUUGAGGCUCACUUAUUAUAACCUCCUCAGAUUUUUGUUUUUCAUUCCUUCCUGAUAAACCUCACAGCUGGUCCAAAAUCAUUAACUGGUGUAUAUUUGUCUAUGAGAUAAACAUCUAAGACACAAACUUGUGACUAUCAAAACUUUCUCUUCUUGUGUUCGCUUUCUUUCCACGUCUUCACUCGAAAUAUGUUCCCUCUCUCUGUCUAUCCAAACAUCAGCAUCUACCCACUCGUUGCUUUUAUCCUGUCGGCUUUCGCUCUCUGUUAUAGUAUGAACAUUGGAAUUUGUCAAGCAGAGCUGGGGAGACCGUUUUCAUGAAGCGGGAUCUCUUUUCAUAACAUUGUCUGCCACACUCACUGUAAAAACUGAGCAGGCAGAUUACACAUAUUUUAAGUGUUUACUUUUAACAUGACAUAUUAAGUGUGUUUGGAUUAGUCGACGAUGAUAAAGUAGCUCACAUACAGUGGAAUCAGAUUGCAUUAUUAUACACCAAGUGGACAAAUUACAUUUUGAAAAUAAUCUCCCCAGCCCUGCUUUUAUGUGUAAGGAUAAAUAUUUUUGUGUGUAAAAUGGCCCCUGAACAAGGUAUUGAAGGUCAGUGUCCCUUGUGUUAAGUGAAAAUCUGCAUGUGUGUUUGUGUUUCUGUAUGUAUGUAUAGUUGUGAUAUGAUAGGUAACCAUUUGUGCAUCUCAAAGCUCGAAACAUGCCAUUUUAUACCAUGUAAUUUACUAUAAUGUAUAUUAGACUUUGAUUAAGUAACAGUUGGAAAAUAAUGUACUUUUUAAUUCAAUAAUUUAAUGCAUUUUAAUGUAUAGGGUUUAGAUUUUGUAUUGGAUAUUGGAAGAGAUUGAAUAUAAUAUAAGAAAGUAUGUUUUCUUUAGUGUAUAAUCACCCGAAAAUAAGGAUGAGCCAUUACAUAGGGAGGGCGUCCUCAUCCACGGAGAUUGCCAUAUUACACCGGCAUGUUUCUAUAGUAGCCCAAAAUGGACAAACCCAACACUGGCUCUGGAUAGGGCAAUUAUGUCUUUGUAUUGGCUACCAUAGUAGGCAGCCCCUCUGCAAUGAGAGAAUUGGGAAAAUGCAGUUUUUUUAAAAGGUGAAAAUGUAAAAACAGCUUUAUUCACAGUUUUUUAUUGAUUUAAAUAACCGGAUCUAUUUCUUUUGGAGCGGAAGAGACCUCUGCUGAUAAUUCAGCUUCCGAUAAAAACCUCCUGAACUUCUGGGUCGCAAGUCAGUAAAGAAUAACGGAGAGCGCACAUAAGCAGGUGCUAGGCUAGUGGCUCAUCUCCGACAUGCUGAACCAUGUCACUGAUUUUUAAAAAAUCGAGAAUCACUGAUUUUGUAAAGCAAAAUUGUUUUAAUUCAGUGAAUUUACUGGUUUAAAUCAGUAGUCCCCAGCUGGUCUAGCCAUGGGGUCCAGAGUUUGUCCUUAGACAUUAUUCCAAGGUCCACACAUAAGUUAAGUUACCACAUAUUCAAAUUUAUAUUACAAAAUGUAUACAAUACCUGGGCUUACAACACAAUGAAAUAUGAAAAUAUAUCUCAAUAACAGUGCUUUACACAUAAAAAAUAAAUAGCACUGCAACCAAAGAAAUCCAUAUUAUUGCCUCAAGAUCAGUGACAUAAAAACACUGCGCAGAAAAAGCAUGUCUAUAGGCCAAAUAAUACCAAGAACAGAGAAAUAAAAUAGUAGCUAUCUGAAAAGCAAUUCAAAAUAAAAGCCCUGUGUCAGAAAUUCAAAAACUGUGCUUUUUUAAAACUUGACAUGUUCAGGAGGCACUUGCGGUCCUUUCAGAUUAGACCCGUGACCAACUUUUGGACCACGACCCACUGGUUGGGAACUACUUGUUUAAAUCACUUUUGAGGGGAGGAGACCUCUGUGGAUAAUUUGGCUCUCCGUUAAAACCUCCUGAACACUGACGGAAUUCGAUUUGCAGUCCUUACUGCAAGAUGCCACUAAAUCCCCCUAAAUCUUACACACUAUUCCUUUAAUGUGUGUUUUGUAUCAUGUCUGUUACUACAUGUGGAGUUUAAGCAGCACUGAAACACAAGUCUACUCUCAAAACGACUCAUUUUAUAUUACAUGUUUGUGUCUGUCCAAGACUAAACUUGCUUUGCUGAAACAGGAAGUUUUAUGGUGUGUAGCUUUUAACCAGAGGGGCAGAUUCUAUUUUCUACCUCUAUCAGACUCAUAUGAAUGUCAUCUCAUCUCUGUAAAUAUUUAUUCAUACACUGUUGGAUAUUGUUUUGAGUAAAAUAAUUAAGUUUGA